GAAUGAUGGACAUUUUACGUAGCAGUCUUAGUUUAACAAUGUCUUCGAUUUUUGAAGCGAGAAUCACAAUGGAUGAUAUUUUUUAUUGGAAUGAAAAGAUUUUCCUUCAAGGGCACAUGUUGAAAUUUGCGAGUUGUUCGUAAAAAUGUGAAAUACGCUGUAAAUAUGGCGGGACUUUCAAUUCAUGUUUUGCAUGUUAAGAAAGCUGUUUCACUUUCGUUGCCUUUGAAAUCAGGCGCGGCGUUUUACAGGACAUUUCCAUCAGCGACGGGAAAAUAUUCAUCCUCUUAUGUUCCUCUGAAAACGGUUGCAAGUAUUCAAAAUCGUACGCGAUCCCUGGUACAAGCUUUACGAUCUGCAAAAAAUGAACAGUCGUGGUUGAUUCGUUUGGAAGAGUUUAACGAUCACAUCCUUCGUUAUCAAGGUGUCGGCAGGAGUCAAGCUAUUCGAGAAGAAGCCAUCAGCUUUCUGCUAAGUGUUAGAAAGAAGGGAAAUAAAGAGGUUCGUAAGGAAGCGCAAAAAGCGCUGGCGUUACUGGGAUGGGUGGAUCCCGUCAAGGGAAGAGGAAUCAAAGUGCUGUCGAUCGAUGGAGGUGGAGCAAGAGGCUUGAUGGCGAUUGAGAUCUUGAAAAGAAUUGAAGAAAUGUGUAACAAGGAGGUUCAUGAAUUAUUUGACUUUAUCUGUGGAGCGUCAACAGGAGCCAUUUUAGCAUUUCUGAUUGGUAUCAAGAGAGUUCCACUGGAGGAGUGUGAGCACACUUAUAAAAAGCUCAGCAUGGAUAUAUUUGAACAGAAUUCUUUUAUUGGAAAAGGAAAAUUAUUCCUGAAUCAUGCCUAUUACAACACAGCAAAAUUUGAACAGAUUCUCAAGAAUGAAAGUGGAGAUGAACGAUUGAUAGAUUCAGCUAAAGACCCAACAACACCCAAGGUGGCAGCAGUAUCUACAGUAGUCAACCAUUCCUUACUGAUGCCGUAUGUCUUCAGUAACUACACACACCCUUAUGGUUCCAGCUCUAAGUUUCCUCAGAGCUGUAAGUAUAGGCUGUGGGAGGCACUCAGGGCAUCCACUGCUGCUCCUGGCUACUUUGAGGAGUUCAAACUUGGAAAUAACAUCCACCAGGAUGGUGGACUCCUCACAAACAACCCUUGUGCAAUAGCUGUCCAUGAGGCUAGGCUACUCUGGCCAGACGAACCCUUUCAAUGCAUUGUGUCCCUUGGUACUGGCAAGUACAAGGGAAGGUCUGGCCCAAGCACUGAAGAGUUUAGCAGUCUGAAGGAAAAACUGUUAAAAGUUGUGGCUAGUGCAACAGAUACAGAAGCAAUAGACACUGUUCUCAGUGACAUACUGCCCAAGUCAGUGUACUUUCGGUUGAACCCAAACUUAUCAAGUAAUGUACCCAUGGAUGAAGGCAGGAUUGAAAUGUUGGAACAAGUUCAGUUUGAUGCCAGAAAACAUUUGGAAAAAAUUGAUGAAACUUUAAAGACUUGUGCAAAAAAUCUUCUUCAAGAUAAGACUGUUCUAAAUCGUGGAAUGGACAGGUUUAGAAAUUGGUAUAGGACUACAUGAGCAGACAUUUUUGUUAUGAACCUUUACAGCCUAACAUCAGUAUGCAUAUUCUCCAUUCUUUUCUUUAUACAUUUCCUAAGGUGUUGACAAGGAGAAUUUGGUGAACAAUCAAGAGCCUCUUGAGUUGGUGAUCAUUUCCUUUAUUCUCAUGACCUUAAUGUGUGAUUCAGGGGUGAUAUUGUAAGGAGAAACUAGAUGUUGGUCACUCUUAGCAGUCAAAGGGUGAAAUAAGUUUUUUUAGUUCAAAUUUACAUGCAGUCAGUUGCAAAAACAGUAUUGUUUGAUUUUUUUCGUUAAAUGCAUCUUCCAUGAAGGUGUGUUUGAAAAUAAAAAAGACUGUUUUAAAGUGCUAUGGAAUGCAAAUGUCAUGUACCUCAGUGCAAAACACCCUCAAGAAAUAAGAAGGGGAGAGAGGAAACAACUAGGCUUAAUUCCAAAGCUUGUUAAUUUUCCUCUUAUUCCAUUUUUUUCCUUUUCUCUUUUUCUUCUUUCUUUUUAUCUAAAAUUCAAAAUCAAAAUUUAAAACCCCGUUUUCUUUUUAUGUGGAAUGUCUCAUGGUAUGAGCUGCAGAUCAACACAAACACUUUCUUGCAUACAUGGAAUGACUUGUCAUUUAUUAAUCACUAGUUGCAAGCACCCUGGCAAUAGAGAAGCCUGAAAGAUACUUUUUCUGUUGUGUACCCAAAGGUUAAGGCUCCUUGAGAUUUUAUUCUUCAGUUCUCUUACAAAGAUUCUAAGGAAGAAGAGUUUCAGAUCCAGUACUUUUUUAACAGGCUGAAAAGGUGAAAAAGACAUGAAUUUCCCUUGGGAAGUGUCAUGAUUUUUGAACAAGAGGUUAUUUGUAUGUGACAAGGGGACUUUUUCAUGGAAGGACGUUGCAUGUUCAAUUGAGAAUUUGUGGUUGAUCUGGCAAUAAAUUCAAGAGUGAGUCUCAAAGUUCAUUGCUGUGUUUGUGACAGUAACGCAGAAGCAAAGAUGAGAUUAGACAUGGAAAGAAGUUUGAACAGACAUUUGUAAGCUCAUAGGAAGACACACACACCACAGAUGAGUUGCUUCGUCUAGCACACAGCCAGUUAGCCAUCUGUGGACAUUGUGGUCAUGAAGAAAUAAAGGGGAUGUUUUCUGAUACCAAAGCUUUGCAGCUCAGGAAAGAAAAGGACUCUCUCUGGAAUAGAGAAUGUAAGGAAUUUGAAUGGAUGCCUGUGGAUUUUUUGAAGAUAUCUCGUAAAGCUAUCUCUCUUCUCAUAAAACAUUUACUCUCAGGUUGGUGACUUAACUCUGUAACUUUCAAGAUUUAAAUGUUGAUUCUCUGCACUG